AUGAUCAAGGACACGGCUUACAAUCUCGAAAUGCGCCUUAAACGCAUUGACGAAAAACUGGCGCGCACCACCGCAAACGGGACGUUGGGCGUGGAGACGAGCAUCGAUUUGCAUGAUGAGAGAGACGUGACCAGACAAUGUCUUCGCAUUUGUGAAGACGCUAGGUCCUACCUCGAAUCCUUACAAGACCGGCAAAAUCCAUGGCUAGAAGGGGCGACCUUGAGCACUGCCAAUGUUGUGCGGAACCCAUUCGAGGCGGAACUCAUGACAAAGCAAACGCUAGAUGAGAGCCGAGACAAGAUCGCAGCGACGAUACACCGCCUUCAAGAAAGUCUCGAUUGUACAGCAUCAAGAGACGGCUCCGAGCGCGACCAACAAAGACUGCGAUUGCAGGAGGAUAUCGACAUCUCCAAGCAGUGUUUGGAAGUGUGCAAAAAGGCAUCCAACCAAAUCUCUUCCCAGAAGAUAUACAUUGCUGGGGAGGUCAUUGCCGACGAUAACACCGAUCAAGUGGUGGUCACAACUCUUGCCGACCUUUUCGACGUUGGAAAGGUAUUGGCUAAGAGUAGAUCGGCACAGCUGGUCGGCUCGAUGACGGAUGAUACGCUUCAGAAGUUGUCAUCGGAUCGGUAUCGCAGCCGGUUUGGCGUCGUAUCAGGCAACAGCCUUGCCGUCGAACCCCAAGACCCAAGAGGACAGUACGCCCACGCCGCACCCAAUUAG